AUGUUGACACCACAAGCGAUCCAGAACUGCGUGAGGAAGUUUCAGGAGCAAGAGCUGGAAUCGAAUGUGGAUCAUUCGGUUCUGCAACAACAGAAGAGCCAGUUGGAGGGCAAGUUGCUGCGCGAACGGUAUCUGACGAAGCGGCUGCAGCUGCUGUACUCGCAGAUCGACAAGACUAGGAACUACCAGGAGUUUGUCGACCUGCUGAUGAACAGCAGGUCGCUGCUGCGAGAGAUCUUCACGGUGGAGGGGCUUGGCAGGCGGGCCAGGCAUGCGGAUCCCGAGGUGGACUGGUCCAAGUUCGGGGUCGACAUCGCGGAUUAUGUGGCCCGCAACGACGAGCUGCUGGCGUUGUACAACGACGGUCUGCUGUGA